CUCUGCCUAGGUGUCGGUAGCGUCGCUAUCGGCCAGGUGAAAUUUUGGAAUGGUCUCAAUGUUGGGUUGUCGUUUUAGGAUGUCCGCAUUAAUCGAGCUCCCGGGAUAUCUGCCUAUCUGCGCGCACAGCCGUGCCUUAUGAUCCGAAGCCAGCCGGUCGACUUCCGCUGCGACCUGUGUGUGACAAGCAGGCGAGCUGUGGGGCACAGCCUGCAUGCUGGGAGCCGUGCCCCUGGCGAGUGACAGCAACGUGCAGCUCCGGUUCCUGGCACCUGACGAUGCCCCCGAGGUGCGCCGACUCUGCACCGACUGGUUCCCCAUUGAGUACCCGGACUCCUGGUACCAUGACAUCACCUCCAAUCCCAGGUUUUUUGCCUUGGCAGCAAUGUAUGGGGGCCGCAUCAUUGGUCUCAUUGUUGCCGAAAGCAAGGCGCAGUCCCAGUGCAACCGAGAAGAUACAGGACUCCUGGCCACAAACUUCCCGCCCGCUGCACAGGUUGCCUACAUUCUCACCCUGGGGGUGGUGCGCGAGUGCCGGCGCAAUGGCAUAGCAACACUCCUGCUGGACAGCCUGCUCGCGCACCUGUCCCAGCAGCAGCCACAACCCGGUUGCGGUGCCUGCAAGGCGGUCUACCUGCACGUGCUGGCAUCCAACACGUGCGCCAUCCAGUUCUACGAGCGCCGCCGCUUCCGGCCGCACGCCUUCCUGCCCCUGUACUAUUCGGUCCGGGGUACACCCCGUGAUGGAUACUCAUACGUGCUCUACAUCAAUGGCGGGCACCCGCCCUGGACGCUUCUGGACUACAUCAAGCACUGGAGCCAGAAGGUGUCCCGGCUGGAAGUGUGUGCACUGCCCAAGCAACUGUUGCGCAUGGUGGGAAAGCUCUUCUCCAGGCUGUUCUCAAGGGUGUUUGUGUCACACAAGUAGCACAACCGUGCCUUGCCGCCCCAUCCCGAAAGACUGCAGCCCAGCAUUUGGGCACAAGACUGUUGAAUUCAUCUUAGUGCUCUGCCUCUCUUUUCACUAAGUUGAAGAGAAAAAAAAAAAAAGUGAAUGCUCAUUUCAAUGCAGUGCCGACACUGAGCAAAGCGUUGUUUUUUUUUUACUCCUGCGACACCCUCUUUCCUCAAUUGUGCACGAAAGGACGUGUGUGGGUGCUGUGCUGGGCCCUACGCUGUGCCUUGGGUUCUCCAGUGAAGUGCAGCUGUCGUGUAUAGACUUUUUCUUUUUACGUGCCUUAGCGGUGUUGCUAAGGCUAGUACGGCAGCAUUUUUGCUUUGCAUGUGUCUCGAUUGUGCAAAAAUAAGUGAUUGGGACAAAGGGUGCUGGAAGGUGCUUGUGCAGACGCUGAUGAGCUACUGAACAUUAUGCUAGCAUUAGACUCAACAAAUAUGAUCACCACACCUUGUCUAAAGGUAGAUUUUGCAUGUACCCAUUUGGAGAGAUGCUGUGACUGAACACUGCUUUGCAUUGCCUCACUUUAAUAUGACAUCAGCUUCUGUGCCCAAGUUUUACACCUAAAGGGGCCCCGCAGAACUUUUAGCACACUCGUCGUCUGAGCAAAAUAGUAUACCUCCACGCACAGCACACCUUGCACACCCUAUUGCAAGAAACAAAAAGGAGCAAAGGCCAGCUGGACUUUUAGCUUCCUUUUUGCAGUAGGGUGUACUCUGUGAGCAAGAGCACUAUGAACCACAAAUUCAGGGCCUGGGAGCUGGCAGCGAAUUCAGGUUUAUUGUGAAAACUGCUGCGUAGGUGAAAGUGUGACAUUCCUCCACAAAUGAGCGGACAUGUGGAGAAAGCCAGCAACAGAAUAAAAAAAAUCGCAGUGUUGCGCAUGCAAAAGCUGGCUUUAGCUCUUGAGAGCGCAGGCAGAAAGCCACGAUUAUGCAUUUUGGCGAAAUCUUUGCAGCAAAAGCCAAAUAUUUGCAGCAGGGCCUUUCCACAACUACGAGAAGUGUUGCCCUUGCUGCUGGUUCCUUAUUAGCAUUUUCCUCUGCAGUGCAAGAAUAGGCAACACGUGCUGCCAGCUGUGGCCAAAAAGUGAGAUGUGACAAUGCUGCCAACACAGCUAUGAUGGAUAGCUGCUUCAGUGUGACACUUUUCAUCCACAUUUGUGAUGCUUGACAUCUCAACAUUGGAUCUGUGCAAUAGAGAUUGAGCAUUUUGUUUUUCGUUACUAAAUCUGUGUCUCUGCUGUUUAAGCAUUGUGUUAUUUUUUUCACUCGAGCAGAUGUGUAAUGGCAUUAGUCACACACUGAGCUUCGACAACUCACUUGGUUGUCAAAUGUAUAACAAAAUUGUUAUGGCUAUUUGUCCAAAGAUAUAUUUUUCAUGUGCCAGUAAUAGAGUAUCGGCUGCAGGUGCCAUUUUGCUUCAAGUAUAUUGAAACAAGGCACCGUUUAAAAAAAAAAAGACCUUGAAAAAUGCCUCUUCAGACUUUCAAGCAAUGAAUAAGGUUUUAUUUUCUAAUUAGAAUUCCAAACUUGCAGCUUUAGCUACAUGCAUUUUCAUCAUAGCAUUUAAUAUUAGACGUGCAUGUGUGGUUAUAGCUUUUUAAAAAAACUUGGCCUAGGCUAUUGUUAUAGUAACUAUGCCACAGAGGCCAGGUCUGUCACUAUACUACUACGCUCGUGGCACAUAAUGCUUCAUCUGUCAUUGCCUUUGUUUUAGGUUGUUUUACUAUGAGGUUUUAGCAUCACUUGCAUACACACACAUUUGGCUGCAAAAUGUGAGGAGAUAAAUAUAAAAAUAAAGAUAAAAUAAAGAUAACACUUCUGAUUGGACCUGCACUGCAAGUUUGAAUGAUGUGUGUAAAGUGUUUUAGUAAACCGAGUUGGAAAAAAAAAAAAGAUGGCUGGGUGUUCUCGGUGUCAGUAUGUCUUCAUGUAGCGGGUUCACUUUUUUCACAAUCUCUUACACAUCCAGCAUACAUUUCAAGUGCCUGGAUAGGUGCUUUUCAAUUACGCUAGACAUGAAGUUCUCAUAUCUGACAUUCCUGUAGAGAAUUCUCGCAUGAAGUCCAGAUUUUGUAAACUUGACAAAAAGAAUAGAAAGUUUGUAAUCUAUUCUGCAGCUGUAUGUUUUUCAUGAUCCUGGAGACACAAGUAAUGCAAUGGAUGCCUGAAGGGAAUCUAACUAGGUGCGUGGGUGCCCAUAGGACCUGACUCCAUGGCUCUCGGAGCAAGUUAUCUGUUGAAGCAUUUGUGACUUAGCAGAUCAUUAAAGAAAUCAGCAUGAAGGACUUGCAGUAGAAUGGAUACCUGAGACAGCAGCACGUCUGCUACCACAGGUUUAGUGGAUGAACCUAUGGUUCAGUCCCAGUUGUACUCUUUUGGCGCCAAGGCUGUCCCGUGUGCUGCUGUAACAGCCUGUCAUGAUAAAGCCAAAGUGUGGUAUCUCUGUUACACGGUUGUAUCACUCCCAAUGGAAUGUUGGCUUAAAAAAGCAAGUUUGAAAUACUGCAGGCAUUGAGUCUGGCAACAGAGCAGCAUCACCAUUAUUUUCAGUACAGUGCAUUGUCUGGAAUGCGGCUUGCCCAGGCAGUUGACACGUGAUCCAGUAAUAAGUUGGCAAGGUAUUUCUGCAGUGCGUGUUGAGAAACAAGGCUGAGGUUUGUCCAAAUGUAUUCGAACUUAUAACAAAGUCGCAUUUGACACGAAGAUACCUUUGUUAUUUUGACAUUCGUUAUUAGCAUACAUGCUAAUAUCGGUGAAAAAUAUCCACAAAUUUUGGAUUUAUUUCGUUAUGUCCGGUAAUUUGUUAUACUAUGCUUCGACUGUACCAACAACCGUGCCUUGCAGUUUCAUACCAUGUUCAAGUAACCUGACCCCCAUGCAGGUAAUAGACCGAGACUUCAUUUGAAUGCAUUCUACAUGCUCCAUUACCAGAGGCAUGAAAGAGAACACUCCAAUCAAGUAGGGGCUUAACUUUGGCCUGUUUAUCCGGCAUGGUUGUGCAUCUGGUAGAACAGGAUCGUAACUCUUCUACACAUUCCUGUCGCGUACAUUAUUGUGGAUGAAGUGCAAUAUGUGUUGCAGCGCGUUAUUUAUUGACCAGUGUAUUGUGGUGAAAGCAUACGAACAAGCUCUCGCGAUGCGAGGGAAGGGUGCAUGUUUCUUUUUUUUUUUUUUAGAUAUAUAUUUCUCACAAACUGUUGUUUUACCCUUCCCCUCCGGUGAGUUGUGUGGUAUGCUAGUUGUUUGCAGUGUGAAUGAUGUCAUAUCGACUGACGAGGCACACUGCUGUUUUAGGCAACAGAUGCAGAUGUUUAAGCAAAUAAAAGCUUGUGAAAGUUCUCA